AACUUUAAUUUUGCAAUUCAGCGCGAAGACGGACCCAAUAACUGACGCACGGCAUCAUGGCGAUGCUCUUGGAGACCAGACUUCUGUUUAGAAAAGUGAAGGAUUUAAGGAGUUUAACGCCCAGAAGAGGCCGAGUGAAAGAAAAAUGGGCUGCUACCCGUGCCAAACACCCCCCAACCAGCCUGGCUCUGCAUCACUUCGAUGCCAAGUACAGUGUCCAGCUGGGGCGCCUCUGGCCAUCAGUCCGAGUCGCCUUGUUGUCGGAGAGGAAAUACGGAGCCCUGUUAAACAAUUUCUCCAGUGAUGCUGUUCUCGCAAAUCUCCAAGCCCAGGGAUGCAGAGACUUUAUCAGUGACUCAGAUGCUGAAGAAUACCUCUAUAAUCUUCAUCCCAUCCUCUCUGCAGCUCAGUCAUGCCCGGAGCCAGAAUCUGAGGUUGGUGCAGACAAGCAGGAGGAAUCCAGUGAUGGUGCUAUGAAGAAGUCAGAUGUAGAUGAUCAGCAGCGACCUCCCUUUCUACUUAGUCGUAAUAUAAACUGUGCUGUGUUUCCAAGAGGGGAUAUUACAAGAUUUAAGCCUGCUAGACCAGACAUGCAGGGUCUUUUAGGUUAUUACCUGAUGGAUGCAGCGUCUGUUCUUCCUUGUCUCGCACUGGAUGUUCAAGAAGGACACCGUGUGCUUGACCUCUGUGCUGCUCCAGGAGGAAAAUCCCUGGCUUUACUUCAAACACAGGCUGUCAGGUUUUUAUGCGUAAAUGAUUCCUCUGUGUCAAGAACACAGCGACUGAGGAAGGUUCUUCGCAGGUACGUUCCUAAGGAAUUUUUGACAGAUGAGAACAUACGCAUCACGUCCUUUGACGGCACUAAAUGGGGGGAAAUUGAAAGGAACACUUUUGACAGAGUCCUUGUUGACGUCCCCUGCACCACAGACAGACAUUCACUCACGGAGGACGACAACAAUAUAUUCAGUAAAAGCAGGACCGGGGAAAGGCGGAUGCUGCCGAAGCUGCAGGUGGAGCUGCUGCUAGCAGGGAUUGAAGCAGCAUGCCCCGGAGGGGAGAUCAUGUACUCCACCUGCACGCUUUCUCAAAUCCAGAACAUGGGUGUGGUGGAACAGGCCAUUCACCAGGCUCAACAAAACCACGGCAUUCACCUUGAGGUUGUUGAUCUGCAACUGGUGACAAACAUGUUCAGGAAAACCUUCCACUUUGCUCCUGACCUCCAUCUGGGUGUGAUGGUCGUUCCACAUUUAGCUGCUAACUUUGGACCUAUCUACAUGUGCAAGCUAAAGAGAAUGACUUAGACUUCGGACAGGUGAACAAGCUUCCGUAACGUUAUUCUGCCGUGGAGAAUCUGUACCUAACAUCAGGAAUACAUCAUUUAUCCAGUCGAUGCGUUUUACUGUCGACACUGAAUAUGAACUGGAAAACCAAACCUCUUUCAGGAUUUUUGAGAUUCAGCAGGAUUAAAGACCUAAAACCACCUUUUCUGCAUUUAUUUGCAAUUCUCUUUUUGCCCCAUAGGUGGCAUCGGUUGAUCAAGAGUAUCGGUGGCGUGUGUGUUCUGUGCUCACAGGAGGACACAUGCGUCUGAAGCUUACAGGAUCUCUAGUUUGUGUGCAUCAGAUGCACAGAAAUGAUUAUCACAUUACUGAAACAAAAAUUUCCAUUAGAACGAGUCUCUCUUGUCGUAUGGUCGCUCAUCAGGUUUCAUAGCUUUGUCUAAUAAUGCGAUAUAUGUGGAAGGAAGACAUCACGAACAGGCAGGUAAUGACGUAUUUGACCAUUUGGCUUCUAGCAUCUGAAUCUGUGCAACUUUCAUUAUUAUGGCUGGAUUGUCUCUGUUUUGCAUUGGCAUCACUCCGAUCGAAGCAUUUCCUCUUAUCACGGCCUAAUGUGAGCGAGGAGGUGCCCCUUUUUCCAUCACGCUGCCGAUGACCCUCUAUGUUGUCCUGACCGGGCAAUGUAGCGUGAAAAAGGUGUGUUUGUCUAACGAGUCCGCCACCCACAACCCCGCUGUCAUUAAGCUCCUCCAAGUGCCGGAGCUGACUCCCGUCCCCGUACGGGCAUGGACGCCAGCCAUGCGGCUCCCAGAUGAACAUUAAAGAGGCAGCAGAGAGCUAAAAUGGGACGUCUCGCCCUGUUUUGCCCGUCUGCUUUUUUAUUCCACAGAUGACUGCAGAUAAUUUUCGAUGCGAUUGUGAGUGAUUACUGUAUUACUGCAGUAAAAGGGGGAUGUAUCAGGGAAUGCAGAGGGAAUUAAUGACACAUAAAAACUAUUUUU